AUGGACAAGGAACACACCAAGGGAAACCCUCAUGGAGGACAGGAUACACGGAGCUUCGACGCGAAGCUAGUCGAAUCUCUAGAUCAGCCGCCGACUUACAAUGACGCCGGCCCGCCUCGCGUCGCCAUGCAGGCCCCAGGGCAACCGCCGCACGAUCACCGAAUGUGCAUCCCAUUGGACCAACUGCGCGACGUGCCCAGCCCGAUUCAGUGCCCGUACUGCGGGUUCCAAGGCGUGACCAGAGUCGAGCACAUCGCCGGUCGACGGACCCGACGAUCGGCCGGACUCCUCUUCGCCGCCACCGUGGUCCUCGCCCCGGUCCCCUAUCUCACCAACGGCACCAAGGACGUCCGCCACUUCUGCGCAAACUGUCGAGUGUGCGUCGCCGUCUGGCUGAAUGAGAGGAACUCCCCGGGCCAGACACAUGUCGUGGCACAUCAGAAUCGAGUGGGUGGGACCUAUGAUAGGGGCUCGGUCUGA